AUGUCUGCUCCAGCUCAUAAUUACAAAGUCGCUGAUAUCUCUUUAGCCGCUUUCGGUAGAAAAGAAAUCGAAUUAGCCGAACAUGAAAUGCCAGGUUUGAUGGCCAUUAGAAAGACUUAUAGCAGAGUUCAACCAUUGAAAGGUGCUAGAAUUGCUGGUUGUUUACACAUGACCAUCCAAACUGCUGUUUUGAUUGAAACUUUGGUUGCUUUGGGAGCUGAAGUUACUUGGUCUUCUUGUAACAUUUAUUCCACUCAAGACCAUGCUGCUGCUGCCAUUGCUGCUUCUGGUGUUCCAGUCUUUGCUUGGAAGGGUGAAACUGAAGAAGAAUACAACUGGUGUUUAGAACAACAAUUGUUUGCCUUCAAAAACAAUGAAAAAUUAAACUUGAUUUUGGAUGACGGUGGUGACUUGACUACUUAUGUCCACGAAAAAUACCCAGAAAUGUUGAAAAACUGUUUCGGUUUAAGUGAAGAAACAACUACCGGUGUUCAUCAUUUGUACAUGAUGGUCAAGGAGGGAAAAUUAAAGGUCCCAGCUAUCAAUGUUAACGAUUCCGUUACUAAAUCAAAGUUUGAUAACUUGUACGGUUGCAGAGAAUCCUUAGUUGAUGGUAUCAAGAGAGCCACUGAUGUUAUGUUGGCUGGUAAAGUUGCUAUCGUUGCCGGUUACGGUGAUGUUGGUAAAGGUUGUGCUGCUGCCUUGAGAGGUAUGGGUGCUCGUGUCAUUGUUACAGAGAUUGAUCCAAUUAACGCUUUACAAGCCGCUAUGGAAGGUUAUCAAGUUUCUCCAAUGGAAGAAGUCGCUUCUGUUGGUCAAGUUUUCGUUACUACCACCGGUUGUAGAGAUAUUAUCACUUCUGAGCAUUUCUUAGCCAUGCCAGAAGAUGCCAUUGUUUGUAACAUUGGUCAUUUCGAUGUUGAAAUUGAUGUUGCUUGGUUGAAGAAAAAUGCUGUAGAAUGUAUUAACAUUAAACCACAAGUUGACCGUUACUUGUUGAGCAGUGGCAAACAUGUCAUUUUGUUGGCUGAUGGUAGAUUGGUCAACUUGGGCUGUGCUACUGGUCACUCUUCCUUUGUUAUGUCCUGUUCUUUCUCUAACCAAGUUUUGGCUCAAAUUGCUUUGUUCAAAGCCAAUGACAAAUCUUUUAGAGAAGAACACAUUGAAUUCCAAAAAACCGGUCCAUUUACUGUUGGUGUCCAUGUUUUGCCAAAGAUUUUGGACGAAGCUGUUGCUAACUUCCAUUUGGAUAAAUUGGGUGUUAAAUUAACUAAGUUGUCUGCUACCCAAUCUAAAUAUUUGGGUAUUCCACCUGAAGGUCCAUACAAGGCUGAUCACUACAGAUAUUGA